UGUUACUGGGUCUGGAGAGGCCACCAGUGUUAUAUAACUUUACUGGUGCCAGGUUUUUUUUUCCCCCGUUAUCUUCAUUCCUGUCUCAGUACACUCACAGUCCAGCCUGCAAGAACAAGCUCAGUUUUUCUUUUUAGCAAGGCUUUUUUUAAAGCUUUUUUAAAGGCUUUUUUCACCAUGAUUUUCCAAGCUCUCUUUGAUUCCAUGGACUUUAGUGCCUGGAUUCUGUUGGGAUUUGUACUGUUGUUAAUAUUUGAUUUUGUGAAAAACGGGAAGCCUGCUAACUUUCCACCCGGACCCUGGGCUGCACCUCUUGUAGGAAAUGUUCUCACUUCGCUGGACUUCAAGACCAUGGGAAAGAUUGCAAAGAAAUAUGGUCCUGUGUUCAGCGUGAGGAAAGGCAGUAAGAGGCUGGUGUUUAUUUCAGGGCACAAGAUGGUCAAAGAGGCUCUUGUGAACCAGCUGGACAGCUUCGUUGAUCGGCCAGUUGUUCCUCUUUUUCAUGUUAUCUUCAAGGGCCUUGGUAUAGCUCUGAGUAAUGGCUACUUGUGGAAAAAACAGAGGAAGUUUGCAAACGCUCACCUGCGCUACUUUGGAGAAGGAAAGAAAUCUCUGGAAAAGUACAUUGAAGUUGAGUCCAAUUUUCUUUGUGAAGCCUUCAAAGACGAGCAAGGAAGGCCAUUUAACCCUCACUACACUUUAUCAACUGCAGUGAGUAACAUAAUCUCCUCUGUGGUCUUUGGACAUCGAUUUGAAUACUCAGAUCCAAGCUUUCGCGAAGUUCUUGAGCUGGACAACGAAGCUGUUCUUCUGUCUGGUGCCCUUCAGACUCAGCUCUAUGAUGCCUUCCCUGGCCUGAUGAAGUACCUGCCAGGACCUCACCAGACUGUUCAUGCCAACUACAGGAGGAUCUUGACAUUUUUAGAAAAGGAGAUAGAGAAGCACAUAGAGGAGUGGAACCCAGAUGAUCCUCGGGAUUAUAUCGACGUAUAUCUGUCAGAGAUGGAGAAGAAAAAAGAGGAUCCCCAGGCUGGCUUCAACACUGAAACACUGCUGGUUUCCACUCUUGACCUAAUUGAGGCUGGAACUGAAACAUCUGCCACCACGUUACGCUGGGCCCUUCUGUACAUGUUGCACUACCCAAACAUACAGGAAAAGGUUCAAGCAGAGUUAGAUAGAGUAAUCGGGCAGUCUCGUCAACCCACCAUGGAUGACAGGCCAAACUUGCCCUAUACCGAUGCUGUCAUCCACGAGAUACAAAGGAUGGGAAAUAUUGUUCCCAUGGGAUUUCCUAAAAUGGCUAGUAAAGACACAACACUCGGAGGUUACUUCAUUCCUAAGGGAACAUAUGCCUCAACAAUCCUGGCAUCUGUGCUGCUUGAUGAGAAUGAGUGGGCAACUCCAAAUGUCUUUAAUCCCGAGCAUUUCUUGGAUUCAGAGGGCAAGUUUGUCAAAAGAGAUAGUUUCUUGCCAUUUUCAGCAGGUAAACGUGCGUGUUUGGGGGAACACCUGGCCAGAAUGGAGCUCUUCCUCUUCUUUGCAACUGUGCUGCAACGCUUCACUUUUGCUCCGGUUCCAGGAGAAAUGCCCAACUUGAAAGGUGUGAUGGGCUUCACUCAUUCCCCCGACAAAUUCAGACUGCUGGCUUUGACACGCUGAUGUUCCAACCAAUGAUGUGUUAUGAAUAAUCACUUUGAUAUCAGUGUGAGUGUGUGUCCUGAUAGACAGUCAAAUUCUGUAAAUUAGAAUGUACAUUCUGCAUAUUCGGUAACAUUGCUGUUAUAUAGGUUUCUGCAGGUGUAGAAACAGUCUUCUAGUAUCUUGUAAUCUCUUCAUUCUUUUCUCUCUAUUCUUUUCUCCUCUCCCUUCUUCCUUUUUGCCCCACCUCUCUCUCUUUCUUGCAUUUUUUUCCUAUUCUUUUCCGUCACCAUGUCUAUUGCAAUUGAAAUUAUCCCAAAGCAGCUUCCAAUAAAGUUUUUAUAUAUAUACGUCUAUGUCAAGUGGAGCAUUAUAGCGUUAGCCGUAAUUGUGAAAGUAAAUGUGUUGGGCUUUUUCUUGGCACUCAGACAACAAUUCUGAGUGCUACUCUGCCA